AUGCCCUUCACCUGGCCCGACAACUGCCAGCUCUGCGACACCUACGAUGGAGGAGUGUCGGGCACUGAAAAGGGCAGAGACAGUCCCCGAAGCCACGGCUCCAAAGGCUCGCUGAAAGCCAAGGCCUUCGACCCUGAGGCCUACCAAGACAUCGGGCUCACUCCGGCCCAGAGAACAGGACUGAUCUCAGUCUCUGAGCUGAAGGCGAUUGUCGAAUGCGUCGAGUUUGAUGAGCAGCACAUGGCCUUUGUCAAGAGCAAAUUGGACGAGCUCGGCAGGAAGAAUCCGGAGAUCGACUUCGACCAGUUUUUGAGGGUGGCAGGGUUUGAUAUCGCGUAUUCUGGGCAAAACGAGCAACUGUAUUCGUACUUCGACCCUGCCGGCCAGGGAUACGUCAAGGUUUCCGACAUGAAGCAGCUGGCCGAACGUGCCAGAAUGAUGAUCAGCGCAGUCGAGAUCGAGCGGAUGUUCGAGAUAACAGACCGUGACAAGAGCGGAUCGAUUUCGAAAGAGGAAUUCAUGAAAAUCCUGGAGGGAUCUGAGCCAUGA